UUCCUUCUGUGAGUGGCCCUGUGCCUCUCUCCCUCAGCUCUCGACUGAACAGGGCUGGAUGAUAGAGGCCAUUGUGGCUGUGGGAGAACUGGAUCACACUGUUCUAAUUGGUGCCUUGGUCAGUGCCAGCUCCUCGACCAGUGGUCAGGGGACAGUGGGCUGAUAUGUUAACUCCUGGUGCGCACACUUCCAUACAGCAGCUGACCAGAUUUGCGCCAGAUCAGGGCCAGGUCAUUUCCAAUGUCAGUCACUGUUAAUUAGGCUAAGGAAAGACCACCUCUGUUGGUGACACUAUUGAGUUUGGACAGACACAUAUAGUUGUCUUCAGCGAAUCAGACUUAGGUCUAGUCAGGAUAAUACUCUGCGCUGGUUUAUACUACCAAUUAAAAGGAGUUAUAAGCAUUGCAAGUUGCAUUGAAAGUUAUAAGUUAUAAGACUUGGUGAAAAAUUGAGAGUUGGAUAAAUAUAGCAUAUAGAUCAAACUGUUCGUGUUGAAAUAAAUAAAUAAAUGUCAUGUUACAUAUUGUCAUUCUGUGAGAACUGAUGUUUCGGAAAGGAAUAGAUUGCUCCUCUUGCCAGUUAUGACGGAAACCUUGCCUAAUGUAAACGAAGACUGAUUCAUUUGAAUGCUCUUCGGGUGAGAUUUGUACUGCCUCCUUUCAUUGCGUCACACUGGACUCGGCCAAUCGUAUUGCAAGAUCUGAAACGCGCUGUUACACUUUAAAUUAAGUAAGGGGAAUUGCAAUAUUUCACCGUGCAAUUUUUCAUUGCUGAUCCGAAAUUAGAAAUUUUACCUCGUAAUCUUAGUUCGUAAAAUACUGUUAGACUUAUCGAGCUCAUACUUCGGUUGAGUUGGUUGUUUCCUCGAACUGUUGCAACCGUUCUCCCGAAUCCCCCUCCCCUCCAGUUUUCAAGAACAUGCGCCUUGCCCUACUCGCCUUACCCUACUCGCUUUAGCGCCUUCCAACCGCUGCCACCAGGAAUACGGCUCGCUGUACGCCAAUCUGACCAAUGCCCAAAUCUGUUUUCGGACUGUUUACGCAUGCAUCGUAGCCUACAUCAGAAGAACUUGGAUAUACUUGCAGGUACCAGCAGUUGGAUAUAUGAUGUGUGUCUUAUUGGAAUAGACUAUAUCCACGGGGUGGACGAGCUGACUGCGGUUUUGUGAGCUGUGUCCAUAUUUUCGAGGAUUCCCUUGCAAUAGUGAGGAUGUGUGAAGCCGGGAGUUAAUCACUACCCCCCCCUCGCGCUCAGACUUACUGAGUGACCCCUCCCUCCAGUCCCACGAUCCCCGGUGGGCCGUUGGGGGUGUCUGUGGGAGGGGGGUGCACCAUGGCGGGCCGUGGAGGUGUAGGGGGGCUGGGUGGGGUUGGCGGCGGCGGCGGCGGCGAGCAGGUUAACCCCUCCCAUGUGCUGUUCGACCGCUUCGUCCAGGGCAGCACCUUCAAAGGCACCAUGAAGGCCUUCCAGGAGCUGUGCGACCAUGUGAAUCUCAAGCCGACCGAGUCACGCAUCUUCUACCACAAGCUCAAGUCCAAGCUCAACUACUGGAAGGCCAAGGCACUGUGGGCCAAGCUGGACAAGAGGGCCUCGCACAAAGACUACAAGAAGGGCCGAGCCUGUGCCAACUUCAGGUGUCUGAUCAUUGGUGCGGGCCCCUGCGGACUGCGGACGGCUAUAGAGCUGGGGUUCCUAGGGGCCAAAGUGGUCCUGCUGGAGAAGAGGGAUGCCUUCUCCCGCAACAAUGUUCUCCACCUCUGGCCCUACACUAUCCAGGACCUCCGGAGCCUCGGGGCCAAGAAGUUCCAUGGGAAAUUCUGUGCCGGCUCCAUCGACCAUAUCAGUAUUCGUCAGCUGCAGCUGAUGCUGUUGAAGGUGGCUCUGCUGCUGGGCAUUGAGAUCCAUGUGAAUGUGGAGUUUAAGGGCCUCAUCGAGCCGCCAGAAGACCAGGAGAACGAGAGGAUAGGCUGGAGGGCAGAGGUGCACCCCAGGACUCAUCCGGUGAAUGAGCUGGAGUUUGACGUCAUCAUCGGAGCUGAUGGGAGAAGAAACACUCUUGCAGGCUUCCGCAGGAAGGAGUUCCGGGGGAAGCUGGCAAUCGCCAUCACGGCCAACUUCAUCAACCGGAACACCACGGCCGAGGCCAAAGUGGAGGAGAUCAGUGGUGUGGCCUUCAUAUUUAAUCAGAAGUUCUUCCAGGACCUACGCGAGGCCACAGGGAUUGACCUGGAGAAUAUCGUCUACUAUAAGGACGACACGCACUACUUCGUCAUGACGGCCAAGAAGCACAGUCUGCUGGAGAAGGGAGUGAUCAUACACGACUACGCGGACACGGAGAUGUUGCUCUCCCGUGCCAACGUCGACCAGGUGGCGCUGCUCUCGUACGCCCGCGAGGCAGCCGACUUCUCCACCAACCACCAGCUGCCCGCGCUGGACUUCGCCAUCAACCACUACGGCCAGCCUGACGUGGCCAUGUUCGACUUCACCUGCAUGUACGCCUCGGAGAAUGCCGCGCUGGUGCGACAGCGGAACGGACACCAGCUGCUGGUGGCCCUGGUUGGGGACAGCCUGCUGGAGCCCUUCUGGCCUAUGGGCACUGGUAUUGCUCGGGGGUUCCUGGCGGCCAUGGACUCGGCCUGGAUGGUGCGCAGCUGGGCACAGGGCAAGUCCACCCUUGAGGUGCUUGCUGAGAGGGAGAGUCUCUAUCGUCUUCUCCCUCAGACCACGCCUGAGAACGUGAGCAAGAACUUCAGUCAGUACAGUGUUGACCCCACCACCCGCUACCCUAACAUCAGCCUGCACCUGAUGCGGCCCAACCAGGUGCGGCACCUCAUCGACACCGGCGAACCCAAGGAGACGCUCAGCAUCGACAUGGAGAACGUCGUCAACGCCUCCACGCCCAAACUCAGCCGCAACGAGCUGAGGCUGUUUGAGCAGCAGUGUCAAGAGUCAGUGGCCCGCUCCAGCAAGCUGCUCAACUGGUGCCAGCGGCAGACGGAGGGCUACCGGGGCGUGGCCGUCUCUGACCUCACCACUUCCUGGAAGAGUGGACUGGCCUUCUGCGCACUCAUCCACCGCUACCGACCAGACCUCAUUGACUUUGACUCCCUGGACGAGCGGGACGUGGCGAAGAACAACCAGCUGGCGUUUGACGUGACGGAGCGUGAGUUUGGCAUCUCGCCCAUCAUGACCGGGAAGGAGAUGUCCGUGGUGGCCGAGCCGGACAAGCUCUCCAUGGUCAUGUUUCUCAGCCAGUUCUACGAGAUGUUCAAGGACACGCUGCCCCCUGGUGAUAACAAAAACCUGAGUCCUGAGGAGAGAGCCACGGCCAUUUCAAACACCCAGAAAUCUCAUCCCAUCUCCUUCCUCAAGCUCCAUCUGGGCUUCAACUCCAGAAAACGCACCCCCAAGGACAAAAAGGAUGAAGACAGUUCGAGCAAGAAGCUGAAGACUGGUCAGUCUGAAGAGGAGGAACUGCAGCGAGGUAACCAUGAUGACCGGUCCUCCGUUGCCACGGGGAAUGCGGAGCGGAAGGUGGAUGCAGCAUCUGCCUCAGCGGCGGCGAAUUACAACAAAAUCAAGUCCAUCCAGACGCAGCUGCAGGCCAAGUUUGUGGACACGGCCCCUAAUCCAGCGCCCCCGACUGGUCUCAGGAGACAGGGUUCCUUGAGGAAGGAGUUCCCUCAGAACAUUGGGGGCAGCGAUGUGUGUUACUUCUGCCAGAGGCGCGUGUAUGUGAUGGAGCGCUUGAGCGCAGAGGGGAAGUUCUUCCACCGCAGCUGCUUCGCCUGCGACUACUGUAACACCACCCUUCGCCUCUCCUCAUACGCAUUCGACGUGGAGAAAGGGAAGUUUUACUGCAAAGCGCAUUUCUGCUACCGUGCAUCAGGCCAGGGCCAGAAGAAGAGACCAGCUCCUUCUCCCGUCUCCACCAAGGAGGCCCAUGCCCCGGCCACGGUCGUCGUGGACUCGUGUGGCUUCCCUCCGUCUGCGUUGGCCCCUGCGGAGCGCCGGCCCUCAGUGCCGGAAGUGAACGGUGUCGGGGAGCCCAGCCUGGCCAAGCGUCUGCGGGGUACCCCGGAGCGGAUUGAACUGGAGAACUACCGACUGUCGCUCCAGCGCGAGGAGGACCUAGAGGAGGUGCCCGAGGAGACGCUGGCCGAGCACAACCUGAGCAGCGUGCUGGACAAGGCCACAGACAGGGAGGAGGGGUCCAGCAGCUCCGAGUCGGACAUGGAGGAGGAAGACGAGGAAGACGAAGAGCACCAGCCGGGGCCGUCGGACCUGGGCGGGGUGCCCUGGAAGGAGGCUGUGGAGAUCCACGCCAAGCUGAAGGGAGACAGCGAUGGUGAGACGCCGGCAGAGGGCACGCAGAAUGGACUAGGGCCCCGGGCCCACGCCCAGGAGGAUGGAGAGAUGGAGGAAGACGUGGAAGAAGGAGAGGAAGAGGAGGAGGAUGAGGAGGAGGAGGAUGAAGAAGAGGAUGAGUCGAGCGACGAGGGGGAGUAUUGCCCCUGGGACAGAGAGUUGCAGUCAGGCCUCUGGCUGGAGUCAUUGGAUGAUGAAGAGGAUACUGGUAACUUCAAAGCCAGGAACCUGCGCAUCGAGCAAGCCCUUCAGCCGAGGGACCCUCUAGCCAUAUCCCAGGAGCUGUGCCGGACACCCACCCCCUUAGAGGGGGAGCAGGAGGCCCUCUCUUCAUCCCUCCCGCCUUCCCAACCCACAGCCCCCUCCCGUUCGUCUGCGCGUCAUGAGGCAGUGAGAGCCUGGUUGGACUCUCAGUCAGGAGAGACUUGUGGGGAGGAUGAGGAUGACCUGAAGGCUGAGGCCGGGAGCCUCAACGUUGUGCCAGGGACAGAGCAGGAUGAAGAUGAUAUCCCCUCGGACGCAGAGGCGGAGGCUCGUCUGCAUCAAAUGCCUGACCAGGAGGAGCUGCCAAAGGAGCCCGACCGGCCAGAGAGCCUGGGAAGAGUCUCCAGCCUGGGUCAAACAUCUGAGAGUCCAAAGCAGCUGGUUGUGGACGUUGUGCUCUCACCAAUACCAAAAUCAUCAGAACCAGUCCUAGGAGAGGCCCUCAGUAAGUCUCCACCAGUGCCUGUGUUUGUGAUGUCUCCUGGUGCCCGCUUCUUCCCGGACCCCUUCCAACUGGCAACGCAGUCCCCUCAGCCGCAGCAGAGUCCGGUCGUGUUGGCGCUCUCUCUCGAGGCAGUCUCUCCCGCGGUCACCUCACCCGCUGCCGCCUCACCUCCUGCGGUUCCAUCCUCGGCCACUUCUCCCACGUCGCCCAUUUGCUCCCAGCCCCUCCCUCUCCCUGAAACCCCCUCCGCCAAACCCCCUACCACCCAAUCCCAGUCCUUUGUUUGCACUCCGUCAUCCAAUCCCCUCUCUCCCAUCUGUGCCCAAGCUCUCCCCUGCCUGGAGCCUUCCUCACCCCUUUCCUCUUCCUCUCCGGUUCGCACCCAGCCCUUCCCUGGUGCCACCUCCACCCCAGCCUCCAAACCAGCUCCGCAAGUGGCCUCGGACGCUCCUCUCACUCCCCCUGCAGGCAUUGCAGAGGACUCCAUGGAGGGCACGCCGGCCAAGAAGGACAUCAUUGAGGAGUUCUGGCAGAAGAGCGCAGAGAUCAGGAAGAGCCUUGGCCUGACCCCUCUGGAUCGCAGCCGCUCUGUGGAGCAAAACAGCAGUGUGUCCGUUAACAAGGCAACGUCCCCUGUCACCGUCUCUGACACCGCACCCUUCUCUCCUUCACCUGCUGCCUCUCCACCGACCCCCAAGCCUCGGACCCCUGAAGUCCCCUCAGUGCUGGAGGACCUGCGUCCCAUCUUCCCUGGCGGUGGUGGCGGCCGUUCCGUGAUCCGGCGGAUCAACAUUACGCUGGAGGGUCAGUUGAUCUCCCCAGCAGACCCCAAGAUCAUCAGGUCGCCGUCGGAGCGGCGCGAGCCCAGCAGCAGCUCCGGGCUGGGCCUGAACGGUAGCGGCACGGCCACUAGCGACAGCAUCAGCGCCAGCUGCAGCGCCUCUGACUCCACACUGCUCACGCCACCCUCCAGCCCGCCGCCGCCACCCCCCAACGAAGAGCCCGCCACGCUCAAGCACAAGAGGCACCAGGUGGCGUGGGACAACAUUCCCGCGGAGAUGGAGACCAUGGACCCAGAGGAACCCCAGAGUCAGCCAGCUGCCAAAACCAGCCCCCCUCCGCCUGUGUCCUGCUCCACUCCCAGAGACAGGUCGAAGUCUGUCCCCAACGCUGCGCCCGUCCCAGCCCCGAGGACCGUCCCAGUGAACUCGUGCGUGGUCAUGCGGCGUGACGUGAAGCCCCGGCGCGAGGACGCACGCAAGUCCUUUGCAGAGAGCGUGGAGGAGAUCCCCUUCGCUGAUGACGUGGAGGACACGUACGACGACCGCACCCCCGAGACAAGCGGCGCCAGCGAUCGCUUCUUCACCCCGCCCACCAGCAAGAAACCAUCACAAGACAACAGCAGGCCGCCCCUCCACCUGGCGUUAGCCAUGGAGAACGGUAAGCCCAACAUCCCUAGCACCCUGGUGGGUGGCAGGCAGGUGUCCAAGUCCACUCCCCACAUUUCCCCAGAGGCAAAGGAGAUUGCAGAGGGGCGUAUGAGGGCUCGGGAGAAGUCUGUGAAGAGCCAGGUGCUGAAGGACGCCAUGGCCAAGCAGCUCAGCAGGAUGAAGGAGCCCGAGGCGGUGAAGGACGCUGUGACCAAACAGCUGACCAAGAUGAAGGAGUCCGACACCGUGAAGGGAGCCGUCGCCAAGGUUGUUUGGACUGUUUCCGAGACGACUGGCAAGCACAAGAAGCGGUCCAACUCGCCCAAGAUGACUGCUGUCAAGUCGCUGGAGUCCAAAAAGCAAGCGGAGACACUCCCCGAGCGGUUCUUCACCACUCCACCCAGCCGCAGUCAGGAAAGCUCUGUGGUGUCCUCCGAGAGCUCGGCGGGCAGCAAGAGCAAGAAGCGCUCCUCGCUCUUCUCCCCGCGCAAAAACAAGAAGGAGAAGAAGGCCAAGAACGAGGGCAGGCUCUCUGGGUCAGAGGACGCGCCACCCAAACACAAGUCCCUUUGGAAGGCCGUGUUCUCGGGCUACAAGAAAGACAAGAAGAAGAAAGAUGAUAAGUCCUGCCCCAGCACCCCCUCCUCCAGCAGCACCACUACUGACUCUGGGAAGAAGAGGGCCCCCCCUCUGGAUCGGUCAUCAGCAGACUUGAAGUUGCGGAGGAAUCUGAGCUUCUCGGAAGACUCCGAUCUCUCCUGUGAUGAUAUUCUGGAACGUUCCUCCCAGAAGUCCAAAGCAGAUUCUGUUUAUGUUCCUCAUGCAUUGGCGUUCAAGAGAUCUUACGCCACAAAGAAGACGUACACAGAAGAGGAGCUGAACGAAAAACUUACGCGCCGUGUCCAGAAGGCAGCCCGACGGCAGGCCAAACAGGAGGAGCUCAAGAGGCUCCACAGAGCCCAGAUCAUUCAGCGGCAGCUGGAGCAGGUUGAAGAGAAACAACGACAGCUGGAAGAAAGGGGGGUGGCUGUGGAGAAGGCCUUACGAGGGGAAGCAGGAGUCUAUAAGAGCUCUAACGUUUAUUCCAAACAGCAUAAGCGAAGAUCAGACUAUUGGGGCGAGUCUAAUUACAGUGAGAUCCUGGACUUGCAUCUGGGCGGAAUGGGCAAAAAAGACGAUCCGAAACUCAUGCAAGAGUGGUUCAAACUGGUGCAGGAGAAGAACGCUCUGGUGCGCUACGAGUCCGAGCUCAUGAUCUUCGCUCGAGAGUUGGAGCUCGAGGAUCGCCAAAGUCGCCUGCAGCAGGAGCUCAGGGAGCGAAUGGCAGUGGAUGACCACUUAAAGAAGGAGGAGGAGUUGGCCGAGGAGAAGCGGAUCCUAAAUGAGAUGCUGGAGGUGGUGGAGCAGCGGGACUCCCUGGUGGCCCUGCUGGAGGAGCAGCGUCUGCAGGAGAAGGAGGAGGACAAGGACCUGGAGUCUGUCAUGCUGUCCAGGGGCUUCAACCUCAACUGGGCCUGAGUGAUGGCGGCAACCUGCAUAUCUCUCUGUCACGCACGCACACACACACGCCACAUGGCAGCCAUAUGGCAACGAAGGCCUGGCUGUCAAAAAACCAGGACCAGGACUCGGUCCCCAGAUGUAUUACAAAAAACAGUUGAAUGUGUGUCUGUGUACAGCUGUCGGGUCUGCUUUGGGAGUGGUGGGUUCAAGAUGUUUACAAACCCCCGGCUCCCCGUCCUGUGCUUAGCUGAGCAGGCCUGGACUCGAGCCUUCCUCAGCCCCCUCCCCUCCCCCAAUCAGCCGCUCUCUUUCGCUCAUGGAAACAGCUACUGGGAGUCCUGCCUCUCCGAAAGACUCUACACAGAGAUGACAUUUGAGGUUUUGCCUGUGCUCUGUUUUUGAUCCUUUUUAACUGUUUUUUAUUAUUAUUUGUGAGAGACAAGGAAAGGGAAACAUGAGUCCUGCUGAGGCCAUAGAAUUACAAGAUGUGUGUGUGUGUGUGUUUGUGUGUGUAAGCCAAUCAGACUACACUGAAGCAGAUUGUAUUUUAGAAUGUCCUGUUACAGAUCUACAUAGAAUCAUCACUUCUGGAAUCGCCGGAUAGUGGCACCUCUGUUGCUAUGACUACUGACUGACAACAGGGGCAGCCUCGUGAUUGGCCCAUUUUCCCUUCUCCUCCGGCAAAGCUCAUCGUCACUGACGUCUUUCAGGAGUCCAGGAGAGUUCCUCAGGACACAGCACUACAGACUCACCACCAUGUCUUUGCGACCUGUAUUUAUCAGCAGUGCGUUCAAUAGGACUUAUGAAUGGACCCUAGACUCUUGCCUUUCUGUGCUGAAGGUUUCUUUUUGUAGCAUCAGUAAAGCCAACAGUGCUCAGAAAACCAUCUGUAAGCCAUCUCAUAUCAGAAUAAUGGAGGCUAGAAGCCUUUGUUAGUGUAUGUCAGUGUGUAUGUCGGUGUGUAUGUCGGUGUGUGUGGGCACUCACUUAUAGUUGCUCAGUCUAUGGUCUUUGGCUUCUCACAGAUAGGCUUACAUAAUCUCAGCAUUGAAAAAGUGUCAGGCAUCAGGUAGCCUGUCCACUGGCGUUUUAUUGAGUAGUGAACAUAGGGUUUUAUGGAAUACUGUCAUGACAUGGCUUUUCAAUACUGCUCAAAGCUCUCUUUUAUUAUGUUUGACCUUUUCUUAUGUGUUUACAAUCAGUCACGACAUUUCAUCAGAAAAAAAACCCUUAGAGUAGGCUAUCAUGUAACUGUAAAACUGCUUUCAGGAUGCUGGGUUGAUAUAAAGAAAGGACUGUACAAUCAUUGCCACAGGUCUUGAUGAAACACUAAAAAAACACACACACAAAAGAAAACACUUUCUUUGAUGUACUGGAGCUGAAUCCUCAGCAGUACUUGUGGUCUUUGUAUCUCCCAGAAAACAUUUCAUUCAUUAGACAGUAGAUUUUCAUCGUCGGUGGAAUGUACCCCAUACGGAUCACUCAACAGGGUAGACAGCAGCUGACUGUUAAGACAGACCUGACCCUGAUCAGUAGUAGAUAUCUAGCGUUUCCGGAAAUAACCGUUGUAAUAGAGGGAGCGAGAAUGAGAGAGAGUAUUCAAAACGUUAGUACCUGGGUCAUUUAUACAUGGUCGUUGCACAACGGCACUUUCUGGAAACGCAUCCGAGCAGGGCGGGAUCUGAUCUGAAGUCAUCUGCCGUAGCGGCUCUCCAGGGUUUCCGGGGAAUGCAGUCAGAGUGACGCUCUGCCAACUGGGUGCUGUGCUAACCAUCUGUUCAGCUUUGGGAGAGUACAAUGCCUUUUUAUUCAUACUUUUAAAGUUCACAUCUGUUUCCUCCUAAUGUUUACCUCUUUCAGUUCUUUUCAUUUUAAUUUUCUUGCAAGAAAUUUUUUAUUGAAAUGUUUUUCACUUUUUGUUGCAUUUUUUUGUUGCGGAUUCACAUGCCACUAAUUGGGAGCUAGUUUAAUGCUCUCAGCACUAUCUAAAGUAGUCACAGCAUCGCGUACACGUUCACUGAGCUUACGAGCAGCCUUUUCGUUUUUAUUCUGAUCUUAUUUUUGCCAAACUGUAAAUGUCAGCUUGGUCACCAUUUUGCUGUAUAGAUUGGCACCCAGAGGUUUUUUUUUGUGUAAGUAAAUGAAAGGAUAAAUACAGUAACUGUGAAUGAAAGAGAUCGUUACACAAGUUCAUGGUUAGUUUUUAGAUGGUGUGUGAAAUGUUUGACAGAUUUUAUUGAUAUUUAUUAACAUGUGUGCAAAAAUGUAUCAUAUGUAAAAAAAAUGAAUCCUAAUUUUUGAAAACCCUGUUUGUGGUUUCUCCUCUCACAGACAUGUAAAUGCUUCCUGUAGCUGAUUUGCAUAUAGGAUGUAUGUAAAGGCAAUAAAUGCAGUUGUUAUUCAAAA